GACUAACCAGAUCACCUACCGCAAAAGGAGCGCUCUCUACCUCAAUUCGGUGAAUCGCAUCCGGCCCUUUACGCGUGAUAUUACGCACCGGUAUGGUGCCGUUCAACCAACCAUGAUCGGUGGGUUGGCCGCCUCCUUCCGGAAAAAGAAUCGUGUCACGGAAGAUAACGUCGUACCCGUCCUUUACUUUAUCACACGCGACCACCUCACUGCUGAACUCGGUCAGGAAACUGUCCUCUUGGCACUUGAAUACCAUUUUACGGCGAAAAUUGGAAAAAUGUGCAACCUCAAAUCAGCUGAUUUAGGACCGGACCUUGUUUGGAUCAGGACUGAUUUUUCUCGCAUCAAAGGUUUGUGAAAUCGGUCAUACACUGUGCUGGGUGGUGAACUCCGACAUUCUCGUGUCUCCGACAAACCGAAAUUCCGUGCAUGCGAUCUAAACAAGCGGUGCUUUUCGUUUGUGAAAGGGAAGUUUUUUUUGCAUGAUUCUGAAUGUGCUUUUGUGUUAAGUUCCUAGUUUAAGUGUUAGCAAAAUGUCAAAGCGUCGAAAUUUGUUGGAUUCAGCUGAAAAACGUCGCUCACUGCAAAACGUAGCCAUGGCUCGGGGGCGUCUGAAGGGUGCACUCCAGGACAUUGUUGUUACCCAGAGCGAUGAUGAUUCAGAUUCCGACUUUCAUAAUGAUGGCCCACAACCCAAUCGUCGCACAUCUAAACGUAUAAGAACCAAUCCUGGAGAGAGCCUAGUGGCUCAUGAAUCGAUACCCAUACCACAUCAAUCGUAUAUCAUGAAAUUGUUUGACCGCUCCGUCGAUUUGGCUCGCUUUGAUGAACGGACGCCGCUGUAUCCGAUCUGUCGAGCAUGGAUGCAAAAUCAACCGCGUGCUAAUCCCAAUCGCGUCCCACGAACCCCCUCACCUGUUAAGAGAGAAUACAAUCCGGACGCAGCCGACCAGUAUCGUAGUGGAGAACUGAAAGACGUUCGUUCUAUGCCACGGGUUCAGAAUGCUAAUCUAGAUCGUUGUCCAUCACCCGUCCAAGUUCAGAAGACAAGUUCGAAAUUAAAUAUCGAUUUAGAUGCGGAGCCGAUUACCAAAAACAUACUUAUGCAGCAACACAAGAAGCGAUGGACACAAAUCCAAAACAAGUGGAAAGAGCAUACCCGUAUCCGGGAACAGCGGUAUGUCGCUAGUUUCGAAUUGCUGGAUGCCAUGGUAAAGACAUCAAGCUAAUGUAUGUAACGGAUGUUGCUGGAGUACAUUGUAUUUUAAUUAUUUCAAUGACUUGUGUAUCUGAAUGUAUUAAAAGAGGCAGUGCAUGAACCUGCAUGAAUACUACUAAAUGCAGUGCCCGCAUAAUCAAAAACCGUUCAGCUAAUCGUCUGAAUCAUUUGGUUCUGAUUACAUUAAUCGUCACGAUUUGUCUGGCGACUUUGCUGAUGGUGCCUUUGCUAGGAACGAUAAAAAAAGAUUUCUGUAAUACAGGAUGAAUGAUUUUAGAAAAAAAUGGAAAUUUCCGCGCAUCUGAAUGUAGGGUGUCUCGAGUGAAGCGUCAGUGUGUCUCAACUUCUCUUUUGUUAUUGCAUCAUUUUAUUGAUCAGCAAAAAUAUUUAGAAAAGUAAUGUUUGAAAAUGUUAAAACCCGUGAAUUAUAACACAAAAUGCGUGCUCAAACUACAUCGGUAGGUAGAGAGUGCUAUUUCUCCAUAAAACAUUCUUUCGCACCUGGGAUCGCAGCACCGGAGAAGCAGGUGCUGCAAGCAGCGAAAAAAAACGAUUCCGGAGUAAAUCAUGAUUGUUUGUUCCGGAUGUUGGUCAAAUUGUUCCAGGUCAGCCGAAAGAAAAACGCGAAGAAUUAAGAAAAAACGCUUUCUUCAGAACCACCACAGGUUCCAGCUCGGAAGGUUAAACAUUCGGAUCUGGAUUUCGGUUUCUCUUGAAUAGACUUAUUUGUACUCGUUCUGGUCUUCAUCAUCCAUCAUCUUCAUCUGAUAACAAACAACGUGUCAUCCGAUGUAAACAGCUUCAAUAGAAUCAUAAAAAAGUGGAAGGAAAAGUUUUUAUCGCGGUCUGCAUGUAAUAUUUAAUUAACAGUUUUGCUUGAAAUUACAGUAAGGUUUGUACGUACACACAGUGCCGCUUUCCUAUGUGGCUAGGUAGUAGUGGCGGAAUGCAUGACUGCGGGUUUCAAUCCGUCACUUCCGAAAUAUCGAAUCUCACAGAGCAAUAGUUCUAGGAUUUAGCCUGAGCUACAGUACGGUCCAGAGACGUUGCAGGCAGAGGCGGAUGUGUUGGAUUGAAAACAGUAGCCGGGAUUGAUGGCAGUGGCUGUCAUAGUUCAAAUAGUGCCACGGUAAUUUGUGCGUGUAUUCAAACAAUCAAUUUUGCUGCCAAUCGACAAAAAUAUAAGUAGUGGAUUGACAGCGCUGAAUGCAAAAAUUGAUCUCAACGGUGAGGUGCUUCAGUCCUCGGAACCGAAGAACUUGUUCUGCGAGCUGCGAUUAUCUCCGGUGGAAUCCAGACAGUGUAAGCACUGGUUAAUGUUUUGUGAAACCCUGCGUACCUGCGGAGUUAUGGUCAAAACCACCGUCACGGCGCCACCGCCCACCGAGCUGGUUCCACAGUGCAUGCCCAGCAUGUCCCGAUACGCUUGCCACCGAUUGACUGCAUCGAUGAAACAACCACCCUGAACGACCAAUCUAACGAAGACCUAGUCUCUAAAAACUUUUUCCUGGAGAAAAGAAAGGUCCAUCAAAAAUUGAGUAUGGUUACACUAUUUACAGAGCAUAAGCGCCAGAAAAAACCGAAAUUUUAAGUUCUGACAGGAGCAUCUGCUUCUAAAUGUUUCACAUUGCUCGAAAGUUGUCAGCGUGCUAAAAGCUUGCCUUGAUAAAAGACGCGAAGGAAAACCUUGCCAAAAGCUACUUAGUACGACAUCUUUCCGAAGCAACUCCUUUCCCGGAAAUGCCGUCUAAAAAUUGAACUAGUCAGAUGCAAUUAAGUCACCAUCUAACCUGCUAUUCUGUUUCUUCAAACAUCCCAAAGAUGCGAGUAAAAACAACAUAAUAUGCGACGAUGGAAUAGAAGGGUCACAUGAAAAAUUUCAAUGAGGUGUUUGUAAAUUUUAUAUUUAUAAAUUUUCGAAUGUUUCAUCAGCAAUGUUGAAGAUUAAUUUGUUUUUAUCAACGAGCAAUUGCAAUUUUUCAUUUCAUUGUUGAAUGCAGGAUAAAUUUAAGAUAUCAGGAUGUUUAAUUUAUGCUUCGAAGAUAAUUUAGUAAUUUAGUCUGUUAAUUUGUCACAGAACAAAAAUCAUAUUUUUAAUUCCUCAAUCAAAAUCAGUUGACGAAGUAAUAUCCCAUAAUCAUUUCCACAUAAAUAAGUUUGAAUCAGAGUUGAACAGGAAAAAUAGUAGCAGAAAUCAGGUUUUUCGAGAAUAAAAUAUGAUAUAAUUCAAAAUGCCAAACCAAAAUAACAAAAUCUAUUUUAAGAAGAUUUCAGAACCAAAUGUUUGUUUAUUCAAAGUGAAAAUUUGAAUUUGAUGUAUCUUUUUUUUUGAUUGGAAUCAAAAAAUGGUUUUAUGGUUUAGUACUCUGUAAAAUGUUUUUGGAAAUUGUUAGAUAAAAAAAAUGUACUAUAGGAAGUACAGUUUUAAUUGUCAAACUUAAUUAAAAGAUUAUGUAAAGCAUUAGGGAAUGUUGUUGAACGUAUAUAUCGGCCUCGAAAGCUCGUUUGCAUCUCACGAAGCCUAGAAAUGUUAGUCAAAUCUCAAUUUAUUUACUAGUGUUAAAACUACAGGAAAAAUUAAUGUAACAACUUAUAAAACGACUUUUGCAAUAAACUCUGGGAAAAACACAAAUAUUUUACAUUUCUAUUAUCAACUUUAUUUAUAUU